AUGCUAAAAUCCGUACAGGGACUGUGGAAAGAUUUUUUUGGAAUACGAGAUGAUGGCAGGAAACGAGAAUACGGGUCCCUUGAUGAAGUGAGAAAACGAUCUGCCUUAAGGAGCAGAAGAAAGCAGAUGCGUCCUACGGGUAAAAGCGUUCUAAAAAGACCUAGAAAGGUGACAGAUAGGAAAACUGAAGAAAAAAUUCGUACUAACAGGAGGAAAACACCCAAACGAAGGUUAACAAAGAUAUUCCAGACAAUCAGAGAUGUUUUUUCCAAUGAUAAUGAAAAUAUGAGCAAGAUGCAAAAUGUUUGUGGCGACAUGACUAGAAUUUUGAAGAAGAGAUCCCAGGGAAGACCUUCUUAUAUGGACACAGAUACAGCCAAAUCUAGGAUCCUAAGGAGUGAUGCCUUUAAGAGAAAGAUAUCGGAGUUGAAAUACAAUAAGCAACGGAUCAGUGAACUAAGAAGUGGUAGUUCUGACGGGUCGAGUGGAAAAGAUAGAAAUCAAUCAUUAUACUUAGAUAGAGAAAUUCUUCUACAGCGGCAAAUUAAGAAAAGAGAUGAGAAAAUAAAAGCCUUGGAAAGCAAGCUACAAUCAUUACAAGAAGCAUUGAAUUACUCAAAUGAGAAGUACAGGAUUUUGGAGGAUUUACUAGAUUCUUCAAACAUUCAUCCAUCAUACACCAAAUCUAGGAGAACCAUGUCUAAUCUAGCUAGAGAAAACGAUGAGAUUAAGCCCUUGAAAAUUGAUCUUUCCCCGUCUCCAAUAAGAAGAACGAAUUCAUUAUUCACUUCCAGCCCCAUGAAAACAUAUAAUCGGGAUGGAAAUAUACCAGAGAUGCAGCCGUUACAGGAAAACAUAUCUCCCGCCUGUCCCACUCCACCCUAUCGUUCAAGGGAAACUGAAAAAGAGGAUGAAACACUUUCACCAAUCUCAGUGGACUUUUCAAGUUAUUUAUCUUAA